AUGCUAGAGCAUCUACUGGGACUCGACAGUCAUCAGAAGGCGAUCAAAGAAAUAUGCUUUCUGUUUGGUGCAAAUCACCUCAAUCCAAAAGAAAUCUGGCGAUUUGAAAUAGGCGAUUGGAAUCUGGAUACUCCAACGAAAAAGGAGCCUCUCAGCAUCAUUUCAAAGUUGCCACAGAAAUCGGAGAAAUGGAAGAGGCCGAGAGGCAAACUUAUGCUAAUAAUUCGGACGAGUGAUCGAAUCGACGACGAUAAUUGGUGCGAGAUCAAUGGAUACGCUAGAGAUAAGAAAAGCUCCAAUAUCAUGAACGUUUCAGUUGUUUCAACUCACGAGACCUUCGACGAUCCCUCUAAACCGAGUGAGGAAGAAUUCUACUACAUUCUGGAGUGCACUGCCCGCAUAUUCUAUACUUGA